AUGUUCGGUCAGAUUGUAAUUGGGCCUCCAGGAUCAGGUAAAUCGACCUAUUGCCAUGGAAUGCAUCAGUUCAUGUCUGCUAUAGGAAGGAAGCUGUGCAUAAUAAACCUAGAUCCUGCAAAUGACAGGCUACCAUAUCCAGUAGCGUUGGAUAUUCGAGAUUUUAUUACACUCGAGGAGAUCAUGGAAGAGCUACAAUUGGGCCCCAAUGGUGGACUUGUGUACGCUCUCGAGUCCCUCGAUGCAACUGAGAUCGAUGAGUUUGUUUCAAAGAUCGACAAACUAUCCAAAUCUUCUAAUUAUUUGAUUUUUGACUGCCCUGGUCAAGUAGAGCUUUUCACUCAUCACAACUCAUUAUAUAAGAUAUUCAAGAGAUUGACAAACCCUAAGUUACUUGACCUAAGGCUAUGCGUGGUAUCGUUGAUUGACUCGAUAUAUUUGACCAGCCCUUCGCAGUAUAUUUCAAUACUUCUACUCUCACUCAGGUCGAUGCUACAGAUGUCAUUGCCACACGUAAAUGUAAUUUCCAAGAUAGAUAUGUUAAAGAAUUACGGCCCAUUACCGUUCAAAUUGGACUAUUAUACCGAAGUGCAAGAUCUACAAUACUUGACACCACAUCUAGAGAAGGAGCUGAACUCUGUAUUGGGGAAGAACUAUGUCAAGCUUACGGAAAUGAUCGGAGAAUUAGUAGAGGACUUCAACUUGGUUUCAUUCGAAGUGUUGUCCAUUGAAAACAAGCAGGCCAUGAUCAACUUACUUAGUGUUAUAGACAAAGCCAAUGGCUACAGUUUUGGUAGCACCGAGAUAGGCGGUGAUACCAUUUGGAGCGAAGCCACUAGACAAGGUGGAUUACCUGGAUACAAAGAGAUUGAUAUCCACGAAAGAUGGAUCGAUGAUAAAGAAAAGUAUGACGAAUUGGAAAGGAAGGAACAAGAGGACCAGGCUAAAGACUACCAACAACAGGACGAUUCACAGCCGAUGGACGAAGAUGAAGAAUGGGAGAAGGCAGUGGAAGACUGGGAGAGUGAAAGAGGAACCGGAGCAUUCAAAAGAUGA